AUGGGCCGGGAUUACGAUCCAGUCGGGCUGGAAGCCGCGUUGCGCUCCAUCACAAGUUGGGUCCAUGUCUUCGAUGACUCCCUCUUGUCCCGGGCCGUCUCGCCCAGCUCCGAAAAGCCGGCCCUUGUCGGAUGGGUGGCUGGGGGCCACCAGAACGGGAAGCUGGGCUUGGGCUCCCGCUACGGCAGCGAACGCCCGAGCGGCAGGGCGCGUUUCUCAGGAACUUUUCCAAAGCCGACGUUCUUUGUCGCCGAUGGUAUCUUCAAAGCCGAGCUGAAUGAGUUUCUGACUCGUGAACUGGCUGAAGACGGGUACUCGGGAGUAGAGGUCCGGGUCACGCCAACCAGGACUGAGAUAAUCAUCCUUGCUACCAGAACUCAGAAUGUCCUGGGCGAGAAGGGGCGCCGCAUCCGGGAGCUGACGGCUGUUGUCCAGAAGAGGUUUGGCUUCCCUGAGGGAAGUGUUGAGCUCUAUGCUGAGAAGGUGGCCACGAGAGGUCUGUGUGCUAUCGCUCAGGCAGAGUCCCUGCGGUACAAGCUUCUGGGAGGUUUAGCGGUGCGUCGAGCCUGCUAUGGUGUCCUCCGCUUCAUCAUGGAGAGUGGUGCCAAGGGUUGUGAGGUGGUUGUGUCCGGCAAACUCAGAGGUCAGCGUGCCAAGUCCAUGAAGUUCGUGGAUGGCUUGAUGAUCCACAGUGGAGACCCGGUGAAUUACUAUGUUGACACAGCGGUGCGUCACGUCCUUCUCCGGCAAGGUGUACUGGGUAUCAAAGUAAAGAUUAUGUUGCCCUGGGACCCAAGUGGAAAGAUUGGCCCCAAAAAGCCUCUGCCAGACCACGUCAGCAUUGUGGAACCCAAAGAAGAGAUUUUGCCCACCACUCCCAUUUCAGAGCAGAAAGGUGGCAAACCAGAACAGCCAGCCAUGCCUCAGCCAGUUCCCACUGCCUGAGGGGGUUUGUACAAUCUGCAACCGGAAGCUUGACUGUCCUGAAAACAUCUCUUAAUAAAGUCACAAAAGACAGUG